UCGAGCCCUAGCCGCGUGCGCGCGCGCGCGUGUGUACCGUGGAUGAUUCAGCAGUUCGAGCGGCUGCAGCAGCGCUCGGUCCUCCGCACGUGAGGAAAGCAAAGACGGCGGCUUUUUUUUUUUUAAUCCACCCUUUGAUGUUAGCGGGGCGCGCGCUGAGCAGAGGUGAGCCCCUGCAGGUGAAGAUCGUCGUGCAGGAAACCCCGUGCUGACCGCUGAAGUCCCGGUUCUUCUAGAGGCCGAAACCUCGUCCUUCUGCCCGGUUCUCCCUGAGGAUAUUACCCGCUGGUUAUCGGGGCGGUUCCGCUCGGUUCGUCUUUGUCAGAGUCGGUUCGGUUGGGUUGAAGUAAAACCCGCCCGGACCGUCUCACCGGCGACGUUUCCGCCUUUUUGGGUCUCAGAUGUUCCGUGAGUCAGAGGCAGUUCCUCUGUCUCCAUGGUGAAGUGGGCGGGGCCUGAUGUCAGCCCCACCUCUCGUUGACCCGCCCACCAUGCCCACCAUGGUCUCCAGGCUGCCGAAGUUCGGCUCCCGUCCCCGAUCGCAGACGGCUCCAGCAGCCGCUUCACAUGGCGGUUCCACUGCUGCGGGAAGCACCCGCCUCACCAACGGGUUCUACCACCACCCCGGACCCGCCGGGGUCAACGGUACCGCCCCCUCUGCAAAGCAGAACGGUUUCAUCAGAGUGCCCAGUUCCUUUUCCCCGAGAUGGAGGAGGGAGAAGGAAGCGGGGAGCGAUGGAGGGAUGGAGAGAGAGGCGGAGUGGAGGAGAGGGAAACCGUUGAUCCCACCGGUUGUGUCGCAGCAGGAUAAACCAGCAACAGCAGGGCAGAGGCCUGGCCAACCUUCAUCCUCCUCAUCAUCACCGUCUCCACAGUCCAGCCCCAGAACAUUUCCUGUCUCCAGAACUGGAUCGUUGGGAAAGAAGAGCCAGACCCCAUCAGGACUGACCAACGGUACCAAACAGGUCCUGAUUGGUUCAGGAUCUAAACCACAGAUCAAGGCAGUCAGUUCUCUGAGACAGCCGCAGAGCUUCGUCCGUCCUGCCAGUCCGAGGCCCGGCUCUGGUCCGGGAUCUCCAUCCGGUUCGCCCCUCAGUAACAAACCAGCGGCCAGCCGCUCCCACUCCAGCGAAACCCUGGGCUGCGUUUCGUCCACCCGGCUGACAGAAACCGAUCGCUUCCGCUCACGCAGCCUCACGCAGGUUCGACAGCAGCCCUCCCCCACCCUCACCUCGUCCUCCGCCUCUUCCUCACCCCUCGCCAACUCCCCCAACAUCACCCGCUCCUGCUCCACCACCAGGGCGGCCCGGCGGGGAACCCCAGGCUCCUCCCCCCAGGCUCCUCCCAGAGGCAGUCUGCUGAAGCCACCUGUGAACCGACACACAGGUAGAGAUGUCAGAGGUCAAAGUGCGAGGGUUGGCGUCGCGUCCCAGCUGCCUCCGUCGACCCUAAAGAAGCCCCUCCUACCUGGCCCCAGCCCCGCCUCCAAGCCUAGCGGCAUCAGCUACAAGCUGUCACGACCGUCAAUCACCAAACAGCCCCGCCCCCUCCGAGUAACACCAGCCAGUGUCCACGGAGGAGACCAGGAAGUGACCCGAGGACCAAACAGACGAAGGAACUCGUUGGAGACGCCGUCGUCUGCAGAAACCAGUCCAGAAAACUCCCCUGAAACUCCAGAGGGGCUGCAGGCGGACCCCGUGUCCCGAGGAGGGGGAUCCAUAGCAGGAGAGAUGCUGGAGGACAUGUCCCUGUCCUCCACGUCCUCCCUGGACAGAAACGACACCAGUCAGGAGUACAUGGAUGACUUCGACAGCCUGGGAAACGGUGGAGUUCUGCUGUUCUCGUCCAAAAACGACGAAGAGGACUCGGGGCUCGAUCAGUCGUGCACUCGGUUAGAUGACGAGGAGGCGGAGAGCGGGGUCACAAAGGCAACAGAGCUCUGUUUCCUGGAUGAUGGUUUGGAUUGGACCGGAGUCAGAGGUGAAGAAGAACAUCGACUGAACCGACUCUCCCAGAGGAGAAAGUCCAGCCAGCCGGACUACCAUGAACAGGGUGGCUCGUCUCUGGACCUGUCCCCCUCAGACAGCUGUGGGUCUGGGGGGACCUACAUGUGGGACGAGGAAGGUCUGGAGCCUCUGGGAGGUGUCGCCACAACCGCCUCCGUCCACACCAACAGCAACACGACCCACCACAUCGGGAGCUUCGACUCAGACAUCAACAGCGUCGAGCUCCUAAAUCACUUGGACUCGUGUGAUUUAGCGGACGAUGACCUCAUGCUGGAUGCAGACUUCCCAGAUGAUUCCUCGUUGCACAGCGAUGGAGACGGAUUGUCCCACAUGGCUCAGUGGAGACAACUCUGCUGGGAAACACACGACACCAGCAACGACAACGAYAGUGAUUUCCAGAGCUACACACUCCCUCAGGAUCCUGAAAACACCAAGAAAGAKAAAAACUGUGACAUCAUCCUGGACUGCUGUCCUGAAAGGUCGGCACGUCUGUCUCCUGCUGCUCUGGGUUUGGGUCUGGAUGUGGAGGAACUGGCUGAGGACUGUUGUGCAGUCAGAGCCCAGCUGGAGUUCCUGCAGAAGUUACUGCUGCAGGAGGAGGAUCAGGACGAAGACACUCUGACCACAGACACUUUGAGUCCAGAGAGCAUGGACCUGCCCCACAGCUCUGACUCACAGGUACAGGRGCUCCUGCAGGAGGUGCAGCAGCUCCGAGAGGAACUGAGGAGCCGAGACCGAACCAUCGCACAGCUGAGCCUGCAGCUGACUGUUCCCACGCUGACCACCAGGUGUCGCUGUCAGGAGGCAUCAGAACGGAUGGACCGGGACACGCAGACAAGCGUCACGACGAGCGAGAGCAUCGCCUCGCAGACGCCGUGGAAAGAACACGCUUCACAGGUACUUCACUCCUCCCAUCAGGGAGACCAGGAACCACUGAUGCAACAAGCCCCGCCUCCUCCAGGUAACCCCGCCCAGCCUGACCGACUCCUCCCCUCAGCUAAAACUCCUAACGGCACCUCCCAGAGAGAAGGGGGGGAUGGGAAAAGUCAGAGGAAGGUGGAAGAGGAGGAAACCGAGAGAAGAACCUUCAGAAGAUCCCUGCUCCCGCCGCAGCCUUCCAAGCUCCGCCUCUUCCUGUCUCACACUUGCAGCUCCGCCUCGGGUUCUCCAAAGACGAGGCCGUCGGCCGCCUGCGACUCCGGCAGCGUCAACGGUUCAGAGGUGAAGCUCAAAGCCUUCAGCUCCGGCUCGUCCCGACUCCCCAAACCAAAGAACCACUGAGGCGGUCCGAGGUUCGCUCAGACCCGCCGAUCCUCUGACUGACCCCRACCUCUGACCUCUGCCUGCAGCCCUGCUGGAUCCUGCUCUUAUUUAUUGUUCAUAUUCAGAGCUCAGCUUCAGAAUUACUGCUUCUCUCUGAAACUCUUAUGAAAGAUUUAAGRAAACACUUUCAACAAAUGAAACAGGUGUUUAUGUAGGAAAAAAAGACUGGGUGACGUCAUAAGAAGGAUCCGUGCCUUCGACUCAGAAGAAACUCUCACCCUCACGCCAUCAUUCGGGUCUCAUCAGCAGGAAGUAUUUCACCUAUUACAGGUCUUGCCGCUUUGUCAAACUUUAUUCAAGGUCCAUUGAAAAUUUCACUGGAAAAACUGAAGAUUUAACUUAUUAAUCUAUUUAUCAGCAAUGCUCUUAAAUUAAGAUAACAGAAUUAAAGUGUAUAUUUAUUUUUCUCUGGUUUAA